AUCGAUCGGAUCAGUCGCAGACAAACAUCUCCGCUCGACGCGUCGCGCGUCGUGUCUAUCUUCCGCUGAUUCUCGGCGUGACUCGUGGGAGCCGAGUUCGCGCGAACAGUUUGUUAUUCGCGGCGUGCGUGUUACCGCGAACAACAAUGUUUACUUGACGCGGCGCGUGGCAGAACCUAAGGAGCUUUAGAAAAAGCUCGUCGCUCCUCCUUCACCGAGUUCGCGUUAACGCAUCACGUGUUUUACCUGGACGGUCGACCAGCUGUGACACAUCUGCAGUUCUUGGGAAUCCGACAAUCGGCAACUCGAUCGCGCACACAUGCUGCUGGUAUCAGCCCGAUGCGUGGCCACGAGAACGUACGCUAUCUUGCAGAAUCGACUUGUGUAUCUCCUGAAAUAAAUUGAGUUGCGAAGGAUGCUAGAUCAGAGGGUCGAUUGAAGUAGGAAUAAAUUAGUUCUCUCGAAAGUUCAAGAAUAAUGGCACCAUUUUUCUCGAGCAAGGACCGCGUUCCAUUUACCGGGCAACAUGACUGCGAGCCGGCGAGCAAAGAGACGAAUUUCAAAAACGAGAGAGUGCCGGAGACUGAAGAUUUUCUAACGGUCGACAAGAAUUACCGGAGCAGCAAGACAAAAUACGUUCCUCGGAUCAGGUGGCCGGACCUCGUAGCGCAGAUUUUUAUUCACGCCGGCUGCGUUUAUGGGCUCUAUCUCAUGUUGAGUCAAGCGAAACUUCUCACUAGUCUAUGGGCUUUCGUGACUAUAGUCAUUUCCGCAUUCGGUAUCACUGCUGGCGCUCACAGGCUAUGGUCCCACAGAGCUUACAAAGCAAAAUGGCCGUUGCGAUUACUUCUAAUCUUUCUCUUCACAAUAGCCGGUCAGAGGCACGUUUACGCGUGGGCGUUGGACCACAGAGUGCACCACAAGUACAGCGAGACGAAUGCCGACCCUCAUAACGCGAAAAGGGGUUUCUUCUUCGCGCACAUCGGCUGGUUGUUCACGACGCCUCAUCCGGACGUCGUUUCGAAACGGAAAGCUGUCGACAUGAGCGACCUGGAGGCCGACUCCAUCGUCAUGUGGCAAAAAAGACUCUAUAUUCCUCUGUUUUUCCUGUUCACUAUUGCUCUGCCGGUCAGUGUGCCAUGCUACUUUUGGUCCGAAUCUUUGUGGACCUCUUUUUGGGUGAACUUUAACUUCCGGUUCUGCGUGACCCUAAAUGUAGCCUUUUGCGUGAACAGCGUAGCGCAUAUGUGGGGCGACAAACCGUACGACAAGUUCAUCUCGCCGGUGGAAAACGUGAUGAUUUCCAUAGCAGCUUUGGGCGAGGGUUGGCACAACUUCCACCACGUGUUCCCAUGGGAUUACAAGACGGGGGAACUGGGAAACUACAGAUACAACGUGACCACCGGCUUCAUCGACGCCUUCGCGAAUAUUGGCUGGGCAUACGACCGGAAGUACGUGUCUCCAGCGAUGGUGCGACGAAGGGCGAACCGAUCUGGCGAUGGCACCCAUGUUUGGGGCUAUGGUGACGCCGAUAUCCCAAUCGAGGAUCUUCGGGAACUGAAACAGAUGAACUAGAUCAAAAUAUAAUUUAUUUCUCGUUCGAGAACGGGAGCAUCUCAAGUUUUCGAAAAGUGGACCAAAGAGACCAUGAAAAUCGAUCGACAUCUUGUUCAAAGAGAGAAAGAGAGACAUAUUCUCUCGUGGAAUGAUAUCGGUGCACAAAAUAUGGUACAAUCCCGAUGUUAAUUGUUUCGGAUUGAAAGCAAGCUACGGUACCGAUUUUAGCGGUACGAACAUAAAUUAGUUCGAGAAGCUUGGAGCUUCGUGUGCAAAGAAGCGUACGAAGUCUGGAUU